AUGGAUCAAUCUAAAUUGCGGGAACUGGCCAUUCAAUUGUUCGACUUAAAGGCUCUAAAGUUUUAUGUAUGUAAAACAAAAGCUGGUACAAAGUCAUACAUUUACUAUGACUAUGAAGUCAUCAUUAGUAACCCGGAUAUUAUGAGUACAGUUUCGGAUUUACUAACUGAGUGCAUGAAGCUAAAUAUGGUAGACAUGGAAGUACAUCUGUGUGGUGCAUCAUACAUGGCACUCCCCGUAGCGUCGCUUAUGUCAGCUGAGACUAAAAAACCUAUUCUGAUCCGUAAGGAUUACAAGACCUCUGGCAUGGAAAAGGCGAUCGAAGGAAAAUUCAGUACCGGCAGCAAGUCUCUUAUCAUUGCUGACGUAGUUACUUCUGGUAUAUCUGUUGUGGGAACAGCAAAAGCUUUACGAGCGGAGGGACUCGUCGUGCAGGAUGCUAUAGCGAUAGUGGAUCAAGAACAGGGCGGCCGUAAAAACGCGGAAAAAUACGGCAUUAGGAUGCAUUCGCUUUUGACGCUGUCAUUUCUACUUAAUACACUGCGCGAUGCUGGGCGCAUCAACGAGAGCACAGCACUGGCUGUAUCGAAAUACGCCGAGGCUACUCAAUUGCGCCUCGAUUUAGACAAGAGGGAUGCUACCACAUUAGAGAUACCAGAUGAUAAAGAUUCAGAACCGUGCAGCGCUUUUGAAUAUAUCCCAUAUUUUGUAAUUGUUGUAUGCAGUAUAGUAUGGAUAUGCCUUUGCUAUCGUUGGCGUAUGAUUAACGAUCAGGAACACAUCUAA